AUGGAAACAAAAGUGAAGAGCGCGAAGAGCUUCGAACGCCGAUUGGUCAAGUUCCAUGAAUUGCCGGAGUACUUGCAAGACAACGAGUUCAUUCUUGACUAUUACCGAUCCGAAUGGCCUCUGAAGCACAUUUUGUGGAGCGUCUUCUCGUGGCACAACGAGACCCUCAACAUUUGGACGCACUUAAUAGGAUUUCAGAUAUUCGUCGCAUUGACGGUGAUGAGCUCGACGGAGACUGCGCAGAUCGGGCUCCUUGGUUGGGUCUCGAAGUUCUUCUGCUCCAGAGCUCUGGCGGUGGGUUUAUCGACGCCGACGAACGAGAGUAGCUGCUUAGAUAGCUACUUAUUUCUGGAACCCCAUCUAAGACACGUUUUGGAGGCAUCAGAAAAUGGUGCAGAACAAAUUCCGAGAUGGCCAUGGUUUGUUUUCUUAGGCGGAGCAAUGACAUGCUUAAUCUGCAGUUCUCUCUCCCACCUCUUUGCUUGCCACUCCAAACGCUUCAACCUCUUCUUCUGGCGUCUGGACUACGCCGGAAUCUCCCUUAUGAUAGUCUCCUCCUUCUACGCCCCCAUUUACUACUCUUUCUUCUGCAACCCCACCACAAGGUUCUUCUAUCUAACCUCAAUCUCUCUACUUGGAGCCCUCACCAUCAUUGCCCUUCUCUCCCCUGCUUUCUCUGCUCCUCACUUUAGGUCCUUAAGGACCUCCUUGUUCAUCACCAUGGCCUUCUUAGGCGUUGUUCCGGCCACUCACGCCGCCAUUCUCCACUGGGGCAACCCUCGUAUAUUUGUUGCCAUUUUGUAUGAACUUGCUAUGGCUUUUCUUUACCUCACAGGUGCUGCCUUUUAUAUCAGCAGAAUGCCAGAGCGUUGGAAGCCUGGAGCAUUUGAUAUUGCAGGCCACAGUCAUCAGAUUUUUCAUGUCUUUGUUGUCCUUGGAGCACUGGCACAUAGUGUUGCUACGUUACUAAUCUUGGAUUCUUUAAGGUUAUCACCAACCUGUGCAGCUUAGCUCAGUUCACUGGUAUACAAGAGGUUGUGACACUCUGUAUAUAGUAAUUAGAUACUCUGUAUAUAGUUUGUCUGUUGUAUAUAUUUGUAUCGCAUGAUGUCCUGUAUCUGUAUUUCUUAGGUUGGCAAUCUAUUCUUAUUGAAUUAAGAGCAGCUGCCAAUUCUUAUUGUACAUGGGUACUUUUAGAAGCAUAUGAAUAUGAUUUAUUCUGUGGCUCAUUCAU